AUCAAACAGUUAUAGUGGUAGUUGCGUUGCUCAUCGUGCUUGUUGCAGCUAUACACUUUCUCUCUCAAACCAAAACACACUCAGAACUCAAUAACGUGAAUCGCAUCGCUGUCUGGAAUGGAUUCAUCUUUUCAACUCUUAUUCGCUGUCUUUGUUGCGUCGCUAAUCGCAUUCAGAGCUCACAAGAAAAAAUCCCUCAGCACUUCGGGAGCCGUUGCUGGCUUCUUCGUUAUGGCCCUUCACUUUUUUGUAGGAUGCAGGUUUGGGGCGAUUCUGCUUGCGUUCUUUUUCUCUUCGUCUAGGGUCACAAAUGUGGGAGAGGAUAAAAAGCGACUACUCGACCCUGAACUCAAAGAAGGUGGACAAAGAAACUGGCUACAAGUUCUAGCCAAUAGUGGCAUUGCAUCUGUUCUUGUUGUAACUAUAUGGGUAUUUACAGAGGGGAAGGAUAAAUGCUUGAACUCUGAAGAGUCAGCACUGAUUACAUCUCUCAUUGGUGGUGUUAUUGGCCAUUAUUCCUGCUGCAAUGGAGACACUUGGUCUUCUGAGCUUGGAAUUCUCAGUGAUGAGCAGCCUCGUCUAAUCACAACCUUCAAGCCGGUGAGGAAGGGUACAAAUGGUGGUGUGACAAGAACAGGAAUUCUAGCAGCAGCAGCGGCUGGAAGUGUCAUUGGACUGACGUUUGUUCUUUUAGGACUCUCAACUACCAGAUGUGAGUCUAAGACGGUAGCUCUUAAGCAACUAUUGAUCAUACCAGUUGCCACCGCGGCAGGACUCUGUGGAAGUAUCAUUGACUCUCUGUUGGGUGCAACAUUGCAAUUCAGUGGAGUCUGCUCUGUUCGCCGUAAGGUUGUUGGAAAGCCAGCACCGACAGUUAAAAGGAUUUCAGGACUCAGUAUUCUUGACAACAAUGCAGUGAACUUUGUAUCAAUACUGUUGACCACAAUACUAACUUCAAUCGCUUGUUUGUACAUUUUCUGAAUUCGUCACAGGAAGCGGUACUGUGGCUAAAAAAUGUUCCAUAGUUCAAAACUUGUAAUUCAGUGUUGUUAGAUGUUUCUGUAAGUGUUGCAUUCUCAAUCAUCAAUUGGAAAAGUAGAGUACACCAAUAUUAGAAUGGCAACUAUAUUUGGUUCUUGAGCAGAAUUAAUCACACAUGACAUUUUUAGGAUCUGUUUGACAUUUUUUUUUUGUUAUUAAUAGUCAAUCCCAAAGAAACAUGUGCCAC